AUGGCGGCCAGCGUCCCUCAGAGCAAGAUAGAUUGUGGAACAGCACCACUUGCAGAUGCAUUGAAAGGGUCUCGGAUUAUAGGGGGCACAGAAGCUCAAAUUGGUGCAUGGCCAUGGCUAGUUAGCCUGCAGAUCCAAUCAGGCAAAAUUCUUGCUCACAUGUGUGGGGGAAGCUUAGUGAAAAGUAAGUGGGUCCUCACAGCUGCCCACUGCACUAAGGACACUAGAGAUCCUUUAAUGUGGAGAGUUGUGAUUGGAACUAAUAACAUACAUGGAGGUCCUCCAUACUCCAAGAAGAUAAAAGUUAAAGCAAUCAUUAUCCAUCCAGAUUUCAAUUUGGAAACUUACGUAAAUGAUAUUGCGCUUUUUCAUUUAAAAAAAGCAGUGAGGUAUAAUGACUAUAUUCAGCCUAUUUGUCUACCUUUUGAUGUUUUCCAAAUGCUGGACCAAAACACGAAGUGUUUUAUAAGUGGCUGGGGAAGAACAAAAGAAGAAGGUAAUGUUACAGAUGUGUUACAGGAAGCGGAAGUACAUUAUAUCUCUCGAAAGAUCUGUGAUUCUGAGCAGAGUUAUGGGCAAAUAAUCCCUAACACCUCAUUUUGUGCAGGUGAUGAAGAUGGAAUUUUUGAUACUUGCAGGGACACUUUUGUCAACCCAAAAAGAAGCCUCUACCCAUUACGAAUCACUCCCCAUUCUCCGCCCACCUGCCCUCAGGCCUAG